AUGGGGACAACCCUCAUAAGAGACAACUGUGCCGAUCUAAAAGCCAUCCGACAGCCAUUGCAGAACCCGAACAGUUCUGAAAAAGUUUCAAAACCUCCUGAUUGUGACGGAAGUCUUUCGAAACCAUUCCGAAGAGCCCUUCGGAGUCGAUUUCGAAACCACGGGAGUUUCCUAUCGGAAGGUCUUCGGAGGACCUUCGGAAUCCCUUUCGCAACACGUUGCGAAAUGUACCUGGACCAAGGUCCAGGACGUCCGCCCCUGCGGGCGCAUAUUUCGAAACAUUUCCGAACGAACUUCGGAAAUGUUUCGAACCCCAGCACCCGUAGUGUAGAUUCUAAAUCCAAAGUGGCGACCAAAUUGGUCCAGCCACAAUCCGGACACAUGCCCUCAGGCCGGACUUCCCUUGCGCCAAGAGAAGCCGGAUCCUCCCAAAAAGUCUUGAACAUCCGGACACGACUUAUUUUGACCUCCAAUCCUGUCGACGCCCUCCGCGCCCAUCCUCCUACCGCCACCGAGGACGUUGCUGAUUCCACCGCCAAUGACGCCGUCGGCGGUGCCGACACCAUUGCUACUCGAGGUCUCGGCAAACUUUUCGAAAGCUCUGAUGCGGUCGACGACUCUGUGCUCGAUGGUACUUACUCUAUCCGGGACAUGGACGGCUUCGAGAAGUGGAUCAGCGACCACAAGUCAACCCUUUGCAACUCGGGUUUUGAGCCAGACAAGCCGAAUAAAAAAACUCUGGUGCUCGACCCCGACAACACCUUAAUUAGCAGUGACGGCUAUGAGGGGGACUUUGUAGUUGACUGCAACAAUGAGAAACGUUACAGCAUCUUACUCCACCCUGACUGCAUCACCUUCCUGCACGAGAUGGUAGCUCGGUACGCCGAGAUUGCCAUCUAUACCUCGAGCUCAUAUGUAUACGCGACGAAAAUCGCCUGCCAAAUCGGGGUGCGUUAUGCGAGGGCUUACCCGCACGAGGACCGCCUUCCGUUCUCCAAGAUUCUGUCCUCGGAUGAUUGUAUCCUAGACGGGGCGGAGCGCAAGAAGGACCUGCACCGCUUGAGAAGCUUACAAGAUGUUGUGUUUGUCGACGAUGACCCGUACUACUCGAUCAGGAGCCAAAACGACAACGUUGUACAGGUCCGUCGGUUCCAUGGUAAAGAAUCGGAGCGAUCUGGUCUGAUGGCCAUCGUACCCCUGCUCAGCUAUCUCAGUUCGGUCGACAGCGUCCUCAGCACUAUGCGAAAACUCAAAAAGGUUUGGUACAACAACGGCCUUGUUAAAAUCGUCCAGUCUACCAUGGGUGUGAACUGCUAG